UCAGCUGCUGGCUUGGAAUGUAGCUACAGCGAUGCUAAGGAAGUAGCUAACAUUGUUUCCAGAGCAACCUAAAGUGCUGCUAGCGUGCACAGAGCUACCAAACCAAACCAGCUAUGUUGACGUGAGAUCAAACCCUCAGGCAGCUAUGUGUGUUCUCGACUAGAAGGUAAAAGGGUGGAUUAAUGAGUAAGUGGCUUUAGUGAAGUAAAGAAAGUGGGAAUAGGAUAUGCUAGGUGAUAUACUAGGUUAGCAUGCUAAGGUAAACUUGUUCACCUGAGUGGUUUUAGCCUUCAGGUGAGACAUGAUGGACUUCCUCACGCUGUUCGCUGUCUACGUGCUGGUGGUGCUGACAUGUAUCGUCCUCGUGUGCAGAUACUCAGGCCAGCAGCAAACCCCCUUUAGCAUCCUCUUCAACUCUGUAGGAAAGGUAGUUGCGCCACUUACGCCAAAAUGGCUCACAAAGUUUUCACAGUGGACCUUGCACAGGCUGUUUCAUCAAAGGAACAACAUGUUCAUCUAUCUGCACAUCCUGCUGGAGGGUGCAGUGUAUGCAGAGUUCACCUACGAGGUGUUUGCCUUCUGCAGGGAGAUGGAAACCACUCUGAUCAGCCUGUCUGUGCCUUAUGUCCUGCUGGCCGUCAAGACCGUCUUCUUCUACCUCUGCAUCAAGAGAGAUCCAGGCACGGUGACGAAGAAGAAAAUCGCCGGCCAGCUACACAUUUAUCCGUACGACAGGAAGCUGUUUCACCCAGGAGUCUCCUGUGAAACCUGCCAGCUCGUCAAACCGGCUCGCUCCAAACACUGCAGGGUCUGCAACAGGUGCGUCCAACGUUUUGACCACCACUGUGUCUGGGUGAACAACUGCAUCGGUUCUCAGAACACGCGGUACUUCUUGCUUUACCUCUUCAGCGUGUGCGCCAUGGCGGGCGACAUUGCCGUGCUAACAGCAGACAUGCUGUUUCAUGCCGUACUGCGGUCGGGGCUUCUGAGGGCCAGUUAUAUAGAUGAGUUCGGCCAGCAGCAGCCAGCGGGGCCUAUGUUUGUUGCACAGCACCUGUUCCUGACCUUCCCCCGAAUCAUCUUCAUGCUGGGAUUCCUGGUCUUUGUCUUCUUUCUCCUGGCGGGUUACGCCCUUUUCCAUUCCUUCCUGGCUGUCGUCAAUCAGACCUCCAACGAGUGGUACAAAAGUCGAGGUUACACGUGUCAACACUGCCACCCAGCUGCAGACCACCUCUGUAGCCCAGCGCCAGACCACUCUAAAAGAUACUACUACAGCAGAGGGCUGCUCCGAAACCUGGGAGAGAUUUUCUUCCCUCCACAACCUGUUCAGAAAAAAGACAAUUGAAAAAAAAAAGAUACUGCCGUCUGUGUUGAUAUGCUGCAUUUACUGUACAUACUUGUACGGGGUUUACUGUCUCUGAGAACUACUGCUGACUGAAGAAAUAAAGUUUAUGUCAGUGCUUUCUU